UCUCCCAGGUGAUCGCUGUCCAGGCGAUCGCUGUGCCUCCGCGGUACUCCAGGGGCUCGUGGAUGGAAUCCAGCCUCCAAGGAACCAUGUGCCUUUGGUUCUGGUUACUUUGCUCCCUGCCAGUAUCGGGGACGCUGAAGGUCCUCCCAGAAGUACAGCUGGAUGCCGAGUGGGGUGGAUCCAUUGUCAUCGAGUGCCCACUCCCUCAAACAGGUGUGAGGAUGUACCUGUGCCGGGAGAUGACUGACCCCAGGAUAUGUGCCACUGUGGUGUCCAACAGCUUCGUCAGGAAGGAGUAUGAAGGACGAGUUGACCUACUGCCAUGGUUGGAUCAAAAGCAUUUCCUAGUGGAGUUGACCCAGCUGACCGAAAGUGACAAUGGAGUCUACGCUUGUGGUGUGGGUGGACACACAGACCGGGGGAAGACCCAGAGAAUCACCCUGAGUGUCCGUCCUGAAUAUGAGCCAUUCUGGGAAGAAGAGCCUCCACCCGAGCCUCCACCGUGGCUUCAUAGAUUCCCGCAGGAGCAGAUUCCCAGCUGGCUCCAUGAGGUUGAACAUGUCACUUCUUCUGAAUCCAUCUCCGAAGUGACCACACCAGCUCCCUGGACCGAGGCCCCUCCAGCUCACCAGCCCUCCAGCACCGUUCCAGUCACCCACCAUCCCAGAGUUUCCAGAACAUCUUCCAUGACAGCUGCUAGGUCCCCAGCCCUCCUGCCAGCUCCCACAGCCUCAAAGACUUCAGUUCAGCCUGCACUCCGGCCCCUAGCAGCCAGCUACAGCCACCACACCAGACUCCAGGGGCAAAGAACACUCCACCACAACCCACAGUAUGAGAGAGAAGACCAAGGGCUGCACAUCCCCGUCCUAGAAUUUCACAUCCUGAUUCCGGCCUUCCUGGGCUUUCUUUUGCUGGUUCUUUUGGGACUGAUGGUAAAAAGAGCCGUUCAAAGAAGGAAAGCCUUUUCCAGGCGCGUGGGCCGAGUGGCGAUGAGGAUUCGAGGCCGGGAGGCGUCCCGCCAGUUCCCCGCACAGCGCCCGAGUGCCCCGCAGAGACCGCGCUCGCAGAACAACGUCUACAGCGCCUGCCCGCGGCGUGCGCCCAUACCUGACCGAGUAGGCCCAACAGAGGCUCCACUCCUCAGUACCCCAGCCUCAGCAACCCCCGCCCCGCCGCAGGUACUUGAAGUCCCCUGGCCUCACAUCCCACCUCUGAAUACAAGCUGUGAGUACGUGACAUUGGGCCACCGACCUGCUGUCAACGUGGAAGACAGUGAUUCAGACGAUUACAUCAAUAUUCCUGGCCCAUGUCAUCUCCCCAGCUGUCCCCCAAGGCCCAGAUCUUCGUGCCAAUGAGUCAUGCCUGUCUGCUGAUGUCCAGCACCUUUUCAGUUUGUUAUAGAACCCUGGUUACCUCCCAUGUCCCAUACCCCAACUUGAGUCUUGCCUGAUUAUCUAAAUGCCUUAAGAAUGGUCCUAUUACAAUA